AUGAAGAGAGAUGACAAGGAAACCGUGAUUAAAGAAAGCGAAUUCGAUGCCCUCGAGACGAAGCUCUCUACGCGUUUCGGAGAACAGGAAACCAAAUUAAAGGCGUUCGCGAAGAACGAAUGCAAAGCGCUCGCGGACGCGCACGAAAGUAAGUCUGCGGAAACCGUGAAAAAACAAAAAAGCGAACUCGAUGCUCUCGAGAGGAAGCUCUCUACGCGUUUCGGAGAAGUGGAAACCAAAUUAAAGACGUUCGCGAAGAACGAAUGCAAGGCGCUCGUGGCCGCGCACGAAAGUAAAAUUCCUCCCAAGCUCUUGGACACGUUACCGCAAGUCGGUUCGUCCGGUAAUUUCAAUUUUCACGACAAACUUAUUCGCAAAGUAGGCCCUGGCACGAACAGCUCGGACGUGGUGAUUAAGGCGCAAUUGGACGGCACGCUGGCGGAGGCGAAAAAACACGCGGAAGAUCUUUUUCACGUGCAUAAAGAACUAGUCAAAAACGAUUUUUCUAAUCUCGAAACAAAGAUAAAAAAUUUGGAAAAGGUUGACAAAUUUGGAAAGCGCACGACAAGUUUUGGUAAAGCUAUGACGACUCGUUUAAAUGCUAUGAGCGAGGAAGUUGAUCAGCGCAUAAAGGCCUCCGUUUGCGAAUAA